CAUCUGACUGCGAGCGAUCCACUUGCUGUCAGACUGAGUUUCCCAGGAGUCAUCUGCCCAGGGAAAUUUCUCGAUGUCGCUCUCGCAGUGCGAUAGGCUUGGAAACGCCAAGGCCACAGUUUUCAACGUGUCGCUCUUCACUUCCUACGUUACACAUCGCAGACGUAUAGUUUCGUGCCAACUCAAUCGUAGAAACAGUUCGUUGAUCUCUCUGGACAAUGACUUUGAGACGACUCGCACCAUUUAAUCCCACGCACUCAUCGCUCUCGAUGCAUUCUGUUAGCUAAUAGAAGGCCGAGCCUGGUCCACUCGCUAAGGUCUGCCUGAGCAAAUA